AUGGUCAUUUACAUGAAUGUCUACAAUUUGCUGGUUAUUGUAAAUUCAAACUUGUUGAUUCAUAAAGUUCAAGGAGAAUGGGCUGUGAAGUACCCGAAGAUUAUACCUUACAUACAACAUGUAAAGAAGUUGUGCAAAAGAUUUCGUAAGAUCGAGUUCAGACAAACCCCUACAUUACAGAAUGAAUUGGACGAUGCUCUUGUCACAAUCGCUUCAAUGAUCAAUCAUGCAGACAAUGAUUAUAUUAAUCCUCUAGAUAUAGAGCUAACAGAACAUCCAGUCCAUUUUUCACAUCUUGAAGCAGAAUCGGAUGGUUUGCCAUGGUAUUUUGAUAUAAAGAAGUAUUUGGAGUCUAGAAUUUAUCCUGAAGAUGCUACAUCCAGCCAGAAGAAGUUGAUACGCCAUAUGGAUCUUAAUUUAUUUCUAAGAGGAGAAGUCCUUUAUUGGAGGACUCCAGAUUUGAGUCUUCUCAUAUGUGUUCAUGCUGUUAAAGCUGUGAAGCUUAUUGAACAGAUACAUGCCGGAGUUUGUGGCACGUAUAUGAAUGGGUUCACUUUGGCAAGAAAUAUCCUCCGAGCCGCUUCGGGUAUGGAUGUCAUCGGUCCAAUAGAGCCAGCUGCUUUUAAUGAUCAUAGAUUCAUUUUGGUUGCCAUUGAUAAUUUCACCAAUUGGGUGGAAGCAGCUUCUUACAAGACGAUAUAUGUGAGCAAUUCAAGAUCACGCACCGAAACUCAACCACUUAUCGCCCUGGAUGAAUGGAGCUGUAGAAGCCGCAAUAAGAACAUCAACAAGAUUAUGUGGAAAAUGGUUGACAAUCAUCGAGUAUAUGGAACAGAAACAGUCAUACCUGCUGAACAUGAGAUACCGUCAUUGAGAACCAUCCAAGAAGCUGAGUGGAGUAACACUGAAUGGGUUAGAAAGAGAACCAAUCAGUUAACUUUGAUUGACAAGAAGAGAAUGGUGGCUGUUUGUCAUGGUCAGUUGUAUCGUCAAAUAAUGAUUCGUGCUUUUCACAUGAGAGUAAGAACUAGAAUUUUUGAAGUUUGUCAGUUGGUGCAUAAGCACAUUUUUCCACAUCAAGACGAAUACAAAGGAAAAUUCUCACCAAAUUGGCAAGGUCCUUACAUGUUUCACAAAGUAUUAUCUGGAGGUGCUUUGGUCCUGUUGGAGAUGGAUGGCACCGCAUGGACUAAACCUAUCAACUCAGACGCUGUCAAGAGAUACUACAUGUAA